AUGGAACAUGGUAGUUCAAUCAACUCGGAUGAAAAUCCUGCUGAUUACCACCCUUCUCAUCAAUUCGUGGUUGAUCCUCAAGCUGAAAAUAAUGACGAUGACUUAGAACAAGGCGAAAGAUUGCAAUUGGUUAGAACAGUCACUUCCAAUCACAAUGAUGUGUUGGCAAGAUUGGAAACAUUGUCCAGAGAGUUGUCUAAACGUACUGCCAGUGAUGGUGAAAUCAAAAUUGACCCAGAAGACUUUGAUUUGCAACGGAUAUUACAAUCAAUUUCCCAUGUUAGCCACAGACAAGGAGUCAAGCCCCGUUACUCCGGGAUUUCUUUUGAAAACUUGACGCUUAAUGGGAUUGACCAGUCCUUUUCAUUACAACCAACCAUUGGUGACAUUUUGAAAGGCCCCGUUUCAAUUGUUCGAAAUAUCAAAGCUGCUAAGAAUACCCCCCAUACCGCUGUUUUGAAAAAUUUCAAUGGUUAUGCUAAAAAGGGCGAAAUGGUUUUGGCUCUUGGUAGACCCGGGGCCGGUUGCUCCUCCUUAUUAAAAGCAUUGAGUGGUACCGAUUUGGAUUUAUACACGGGGUUGGAAGGUGAUAUUGAAUACGAUGGUAUCCCCCAUAAGGAAAUGUUGAAAUCUUUCAAAUCUGAUCUUAUUUAUAACCCUGAAUUGGAUACUCAUUUCCCUCAUUUAACCGUGGAAGAAACUUUGAAAUUUGCCAUAGCUUGUAAAACUCCUCGUUUAAGAGUUAAUGAUGUUUCGAGAAAUGAUUUCAUUAAUGCCGGGUUGGAAAUCUUGGCUACUGUGUUUGGUUUAAGACAUACUUAUCAUACUAAGGUUGGUAACGAUUUUGUUAGAGGGAUCUCUGGUGGUGAACGUAAAAGAGUCUCAAUUGCUGAAGCUUUGGCUUGUCGUGGUUCCAUCUAUUGUUGGGAUAAUGCCACGAGAGGUUUGGAUGCUUCAACUGCUUUGGAAUACGCUAGAGCAAUUAGAACUUCAACCAAUCUCUUGAAGACUACCGCUUUUGUCACCAUUUAUCAAGCCGGGGAAAAUAUUUAUGAAGUUUUCGAUAAAGUUACCGUUUUAUAUAAAGGUAGACAAGUUUAUUUUGGUCCUGCUAAAGAAGCUAAAGCUUAUUUUGAAAAUAUGGGAUUCCAAUGUCCUCCAAGACAAUCUACCGCUGAAUUUUUAACUGCUGUUACUGAUCCAAUUGGUCGUUUCCCUAAACCAGGUUUUGAAAAUAAAGUUCCAAACACUGCUGACGAAUUCGAAGAUUAUUGGUUAAAUUCUCCGGAAUUUAAACGUUUACAACAAGAAAUUGCUGAUUAUAAAUCUUCAGUGGCAAAAGAUCAUACUAAAGACCUUUAUCAUCAAUCAAUUAAACAAGAAAAAAUGAAAGGUCAAAGAAAGAAUUCAAAAUUUACAAUUAAUUACAUGGAACAAUUGAAAUUAUGUACCAUUCGUGGUUUUCAAAAUAUUAAAGGUGAUAAAGCUUAUACUGUUACCAAAGUUUUGGCUGCUUUAUGUCAAGGUUUGAUUGCUGGUUCUCUUUAUUAUAAUACCCCUGAAACAGUCACUGGUGCUUUCUCAAGAGGUGGUGUGGUUUUCUUUGCUGCUUUAUAUGUUUCUUUAAUGUCUUUAGCUGAAGUUUCGGCUGCUUUUGGUAGUAGACCAAUCUUAAUGAAACAAAAAAAUUAUUCCUUAUAUCAUCCAUCUGCCCAUGCAAUUGCAAACACUGUUACUUCGGUUCCGGUUAAUUUAUUCAUUACCAUUAUCUUUGUGGUUGUGCUUUAUUUCUUAUCUAAUUUGGCUAGAGAAGCAGGUAAGUUCUUUAUUUGUCUUUUAUUCAUCUUUUUGCUAUCUUUAACAAUGUCUGCUAUGUUUAAUGCAAUUAGUUCAAUUAAUAAAACCAUCUCUGCUGCUAAUGGUAUGGCUGGUAUCUUGGUUUUGGCUACUUUAAUGUAUUCUUCUUAUAUGAUUCAACGUCCUUCUAUGCAUCCUUGGUUUAAAUGGAUUUCUUAUAUCGAUCCUCUUUUGUAUGCUUUUGAAGCAAUUAUUGCUACUGAAUUUCAUGGACGUAAAAUGGCUUGUGAUGGUAGUUAUUUAAUUCCUUCUGGACCUGAUUAUGCAAAUGCUCCAAAUUCUGCUAGAUCUUGUGCUUUUGUUGGUUCGGAACCUGGACAAACUUGGGUCGAUGGUGACCGUUAUUUGAAAGUGGCUUACACUUAUAGUUUCACUCAUGUUUGGAGAAACUUUGGUAUUUUGAUUGGGUUUUUGGCUUUCUUUUUAUUCAUUAACGCUGUGGGUGUUGAAUACAUUAGACCAAUCUCCGGUGGUGGUGACCGCUUGAUUUACUUAAGAGGUAAAGUACCAGACACUGUUGUUUUACCAUCAGAGAAAAACCCAGAAGAUAUUGAAAGUAAUGGUACUGCUAUUGAAAAAUCAAACUCUUUGGAAAAAAUAAGUGAAAAUGGUGAUUCAAAUAAAAAAGAUGAGGCUUUACAAGACUUGAAAUCAAAGGACUUGUUUGUUUGGAAAAAUGUUGAUUAUGUCAUUCAAUAUGAUGGUAAUGAUCGUAAACUUUUGGAUUCAGUUUCUGGUUAUUGUAUUCCUGGUACAUUGACUGCUUUAAUGGGUGAAUCUGGUGCUGGUAAAACUACUUUAUUGAAUACUUUAGCACAAAGAAUUGAUACCGGGGUGGUUACUGGUGAUAUGUUGGUCAAUGGCAAACCUUUAGAUAUGUCCUUUAGUAGACGUACUGGUUAUGUCCAACAACAAGAUAUUCAUGUUUCUGAAACUACUGUCAGAGAAGCUUUGGUUUUCGCAGCCAGAUUAAGAAGAUCUAAUGAUGUUAGUGAUGCUGAAAAAGUAGACUAUGUUGAAAAAAUUAUUGAGGUUCUUGAUAUGGGCAGCUAUGCAGAUGCUAUUGUCGGUCAAUUAGGUUCUGGUCUUAAUGUUGAGCAACGUAAAAAGUUAUCAAUUGGUGUUGAAUUGGUUGCUAAACCUUCUUUACUUUUAUUUUUGGAUGAACCUACAUCUGGUUUGGACUCCCAAUCUGCCUGGGCUAUCGUUAAGUUACUUCGAGAAUUAGCCGCUGCUGGUCAAUCUAUUUUAUGUACUAUUCACCAGCCUUCAGCUACUUUAUUCGAAGAAUUUGAUCGUUUGUUGCUAUUGAGAAAAGGUGGUCAAACUGUUUAUUUCGGUGACAUUGGUAGACACUCAAGAGUAAUUUUAGAUUACUUCGAAAGAAAUGGUGCCAGACAUUGUAAUGACAACGAAAACCCUGCUGAAUAUAUUUUAGAAGCUAUCGGUGCUGGUGCAACUGCUGUUGUUGAUCGUGAUUGGUUUCAAAUUUGGCAAGAUUCCCCAGAAAAUGCUGAAAACAUGCGUGUUUUAGAACAAUUACUUGAAGACUCUUCGAAGAACGGUAAUUCUGAUAGUUUAUCUAAGGAAGAAAUUAAACAAUUACUGAAACCUUAUGCUACUCCAGUUUAUUAUCAAUUCUGGCAUGUUUUAUAUAGAAAUGCCCUUAUGUUCUGGAGAAAUCCUGAAUAUUUGGUUUCAAAGUUGGGCUUAAUGACUGUAGCUGGUUUAUUUAUUGGUUUUACUUUCUUUGGUCUUAAACAUUCUGUUACCGGUAUGCAAAACGGUAUGUUUGCUUCAUUUUUAGCUGUUGUUGUCUCUGCACCUGUUAUCAAUCAAAUUCAAGAACAAGCUAUUAAAGGUCGUGAUAUUUUUGAAGGUCGUGAAAAGUUAUCCAAGACCUAUCACUGGUCUUUGAUGAUGCUUAGUCAAUUCCUUAAUGAAAUACCAUAUAUUUUCUUUGCUGCUGCAGUUAUGUUCGUUUCAUUAUACUUUCCAACUCAAGCUGAUACUUCUGGUCCUCAUGCUGGUGUAUUUUAUUUGACUCAAGGUAUAUUUGUCCAAUUAUAUAUUUUAAGUUUUGGUUUAUUACUAUUAUAUAUUGCUCCGAACUUGGAAUCUGCAGCUGUUUUGGUUUCAUUCUUCUAUACAUUCAUUGUUGCUUUUAGUGGUGUUGUUCAACCAACUAGUUUAAUGCCUGGUUUCUGGACUUUUAUGUAUAAAGUCAGUCCUUAUACUUAUCUUAUUCAAAACUUGAUCAGUUCAAUUUUACAUGAUCGUGAAGUUAAAUGUGCAGAGACUGAGUUGGCAAUUUUCAGACCACCAGAUGGUAAGACUUGUCAAGAGUAUGCUGGAGAUUUUGUUAAAAAAGCCGGUGGUUAUUUAGACGACCCAAGUUCUACUACACUGUGUGGAUACUGUCAAUACAAAGUAGCAGAUGAAUACUUGGCAACCAUUGGUGCCAAAUAUUCUUACAGAUGGAGAAAUAUUGGAUUUUACUUCGUUUAUAUUAUUUUUGAUUUGGCUUUUGUUUUAAUCUUAUACUGGCUCAUUAGAUAUAGAAAGGGUUCGCUUUUGGCACCAAUCAAGAAUCUUAUUGCAUCUAAAAAGAGAAAAAAUUAA